AGAAUGUCGAACUGCUGAAAAUUGUUUUGGGGCAGUUUUUCCGGAAGUUUUUCACGCAGGUGAACGGAUUUAUCUUUUCAAAAUGAACAAACUGAAGCUGAACCAGAAGGACAAAGUGAAAAAGUUCAUCUCGCUCACCCAGACGGGGGAGCAGACCGCAAUUUAUUGCUUGCAGAACAACGACUGGAAGUUGGACUUGUCGUGUGAUAAUUAUUUCCAGAAUCCGGAUGUUUACUACCGGGAGUUGGAUCGGAAGAAGAUCGAACAGCUGUUCGGCCGCUAUCGCGAUCCCGCGGACCAGAAGAUAAAUUCCGACGGGGUGGUCAAAUUCCUGGACGACCUUUAUCUUAGUCCUGAGUCUAAGCUAGUUCUGAUCAUCGCUUGGCGGUUCCAGGCAAAGGCGCAGUGUGAGUUCAGCAAGGAUGAGUUCGUGAACGGAUUCAGCGACCUCGGUGUAGAUAGCAUAGAUAAGCUUAAGGCCAAGCUGCCGCUGCUGGAGAUGGAGCUUAAGGAUCCGACAAAGUUUAAGGAUUUCUACCAUUUUACCUUCAACUACGCAAAGGAUCCGGGCCAGAAAGGACUGGACCUAGAGAUGGCAGUCGCCUACUGGAACAUAGUACUUAAGGACAGAUUCAAGUUUCUGGAUCUUUGGUGCAAGUUUUUGGUGGAAAACCACAAGCGAUCAAUCCCGAAGGACACCUGGAACCUGCUGCUGGACUUUGCCACCUACAUCGACGACAGCAUGUCCAACUACGACGCGGAAGGGGCCUGGCCGGUGCUGAUUGACGAUUUCGUGGAAUGGUGCCAACAGCAGAACAAAAUCACUCAUCCCUCGGUGAUCACUUCUACCAGUGCGAUCGCAACCGGUGGCGUUCAUCUACCGUCCACGUCUUCUACGUCGUCUGCUGCAUCGGUACCGUCAUCGACGACCAACCCGUACGCCAGCAGCAAAGGUAACCCCUACAGCAGCAGUAGCAGCAGUACGGCCAACAUGUACUACUAAGGCCGUGUGCGUCCUGAGUGUGAGUGUGGGGGAUCUUUCGUUAGCUUAACCAGGCCCUUACCCUGCUGAUAACAGAUGUGAAUUUCUCAUUCAAUCUCUCAAACCAACGCGUUGAACAUUAUUCGCUGCAAAUAUGACAAUUCGACAGAAUAACAAACACAAAAAACGCUACAGAAGCACACCGAGUCAAUUGAAUUUGGUUUAAAUUAAAAAAAAAACACGCAUAUAUUAUUUGAAAACACAUGAUUAUUUAUCUGUGCUGCUGUACACGACGGUUGGACCAUCGAAAAAACCCGUAGCGCGAUCUGGCCAUAGCAAGAGAAAAUACAGAAAUCUUUAGUGGGUAUAUUUAGACACAUACUUGCACCAUUCGAUGCUGAUUUACAAUAGACUUUUUGCGCCUCCGUUUGAAACCCCCAAGGAAUAGUAGAGCAAAAUUAUUUCUGUUGAAAACAAAACAAAAAAAAACAACCUUUGAUAGUAAUGCAGAAAACAAACUAUUUGAAUUACUUGAAUGUUGAAUACAUAUAUACUACACAUUA